AUGGCUGAAACCAAGGAGAUCAAGACAGAGACUACCACUACCCAAGACAGCCAAAUUGUCGAUGACGAUAUCCAAGGGCAAGUGCAUGAGAUCGUUGACAGGAUUGGCAAAGAUGCCGACGUUGGCCUUGCCCUCUUCGAGAAGUCUUUCCAGUAUGACCCGGCCCAGCUUCAAAGGGACUCGGUCAAGGUGCGCAGAAAGCUGGAUUUCCUCGUUCUGCCGCUGAUGAUGGUCACCUACAUGUGGAGCUUUUUGGACAAGUCGACGCUCAACUAUUCCAACAGCUAUGGUUUGCAGAAGGACCUCAACAUCACGGGAGACCAGUAUUCCUGGAUUGCCUCUGCGUUGUACUUUGGAUGGCUCGCCGCUGCAUGGCCGUGGAAUAUCUUGAUCCAGAAAUACCCUGUCGGGCGGCUGGCCGGCUACGUUCUCGUUGUCUGGGGUGUCCUGUGUAUGCUGCAAGGGGCGGUUUACAAUUUUGCCGGCUUCGUCGUUAUCCGAUUCUUUUUAGGUGCUGUUGAAGCAAUGGUCUCUCCGGCUUGGGUCAUUUUGACCUCGAUGUUGUACACUCGAGAAGAGCAGCCGCUCAGGACGUCCUUCUGGCUGGGUAUGAAUGGCGUUUCCAUUGUCAUCGGGGCACUGUUGUCGUAUGGCCUUGGACAUGCCAGUGGCCUUGCGGUCCCGAACUGGAAGCUGAUCUACCUUGUUGUUGGGGCUCUCACAACGGCCUGGGCGGUGGUUAUUAUCCUCUACCUGCCGGAUGGUCCUCAUAACGCGAAGUGCCUGAACGAAUACGAGCGCGUCGUUGCGGUGUGGCGUGUUUCUCAUAACAACAGCGGGGUCAAGCACUCCAAGUUUCUUGCUUAUCAGGUCAAAGAAGCCCUCUGGGAUUCCAAGACCUGGAUCCUCAUGGUGCAGGCUGCCGCCUUCGGCAUCCUUAACGGAGGCGUUUCAAGCUUCCAGACAGCCAUCAUCAAAGGAUUUGGAUUUUCUGCCCUCAAGACCAGCCUCUACACCACCCCGGCUGGCGCGCUAGAGGUGGUUGGUGUGCUUUUCUUCGGCUGGCUGUCGACCAAGAAGAACUGCAUGGGAUUGGCUCUGAUGCUCAGUGUCAUUCCUGGGAUUGGCGGACUGGCUGGGAUGAUGACCCUUCCAGUGACUCAUCGUUACAACUUGCUUGCAUGCGCCUGGUGUCAGAACAUUGUCGGCUCCCCCAUCAUUCUGAGCUGGACCCUCCCAGCGACCAACGUUGCUGGACACACGAAGCGAGCCACCGUCUUGGGUCUCUAUUUCAUUUUCUUCUGUGGAGGCAGCAUUGCUGGUCCUCACCUCUUCUUCGAGCAAGAGGCUCCACGAUACCCAUCGGCACUCAAAGGUAUGAUGGUUUGCUAUGCGGUUGGGUUCGGUACUCAAGCCGUCUAUACCGCUUUUGUCUAUGCGCAGAACAAAGCUCGGGACAAGAAACAGUUGCAUACACAAGUGGAACGGGAAGCCCUGGAAGGCUUUGAGGACUUGACGGAUAUGGAGAACCUUCACUUCCGAUACCGGGUUUAA